GAGCAACUUUAUCUCACUCCCACAAGACAGAGGAGGAAGAGGUGUUUCCACAGGCCCCACUAGGCCAACUGCCUCCACUCCUCAUCUCAGAGCCAUACCUGGACUUGGGACUGGAUUUCAGGGAUACGAGGGGGCUCCCCAUGGAUCUGCCUUACUACCACGGCCCUCUGUCCAAGCGAGACUGCGAGACCCUGCUGCUCAAGGAAGGGGUGGAUGGCAACUUUCUGUUAAGAGACAGCGAGUCUAUGCCAGGAGUCCUAUGCCUCUGUGUCUCGUUUAAAAAUAUGGUCUACACAUACCGAAUCUUCAAAGAGAAACACGGGUACUACCAAAUACAGACCACGGAAGGCACUAAGAGACAGGUCUUUCCGAACCUAAAGGAAUUGAUCUCCAAGUAUGAAAAACCCAAUCAAGGGCUGGUGGUUCAUCUUUUAAAGCCAAUCAAGAGAACCAGCCCCUGCCUGAGAUGGAGACGAUCAAAGAUACAGUUGGACAGUAUUUAUGAGAACAGUAACAGUGACUAUGUGGACCCCUUGCCUUGAAGAUAAAGAGACUGGACAAAGCACUUAGAGAAGAGAUGGGGUGACAGCUCUCACCAGCAACCUUGCUUCUCCUGCAGGUGUAGGUCUGGAAGGCCAAACUCUAGGGGACAAUUUGGAUUCUCCUGGUCUGGGUGACUGAAGACGUUCUGUUCACCAGCCUCAGAGAAAUCACUCCCCAUGUCCCCGCCUGCCAUGCACACAGCACAAGCAGCUUCUAAGCCCCGCUUCCCCUCUCACUCUUCUUGCUUGGAGUAGGACAGCCUGACUUGUUAAAGAUGCCCCCGCUAUAUCGUGGUUAAUGUCCUCCUUCUAACCAGGCAACCAGAGAGGCAGCUCCACACAGAAGAGAACACGCCGGUUGCUAGUUAAGAGCCUGCGUCCCAGUCCUGUGGCUAUGUGACUUCAGACAGACAGCUUCCUUUUUCUAGGUCUCUGUUUCUUCAUCUAUAAGAUGAGAGGCUGAGCAGGAGGAUACACACUGCCCUGGCCUCUCUGCUGAGCCUGGCUGUGUCCGGUAGACAUCCUGCAGCGGUGGACAUGAACGCAGCACCAGCACGGGACUUGGCUCCCAACAGCCAGCACCUUCUCUGCACCUGCCUGUGCUGCUCUCGGUCACGGUGAGAGCCCUGACCCACUCCGGCACCCUUCGCCCUCCAGCCUGGGCUACUUGCCUUCUUUCUAACCUUGGAUCUUUCUGCCAAACACUGCCUCUCUGAUUCUGCCUAAUUUUAUGUAUGCACUAACCACUUCCAGCAGCAUGGAUGUGGUUCUGCAGCAUGACAUACAUGGGGAUUUUGAAGCAACCCACGUGUAGUUUCUGGUCCCGACUAGGUUUUAAGCACCACCAAAGCACAGCUGGGUCUUCCCUUGAAUCCUCCACAGCGUAUAGAAAUGUGUGCUGCCCAGAGCUGUGCCCAGUUCAGAGACAUGACUGGAAGUUUAUUCCUGAAGAGUUUGUUGCAUUGGCUUUAAGGCCGUUUAAAUUUUCCUGCUAGUUCACGAUUUAAAGUAAGACCUGAUUAGUGUGGAAUGUACCAGAUUGUACGCCCUUUCUCUCACCCGUCUUCAAACCGUAGUGAACCAUUCAGCACCCCCUGGCCUUACCUUUUCAAGUUAUUAAAGAGAGGAAACAUGAGCAGACAUUGUGGCUGGAACCUCAGUGUAUGAGCCAUCCUGAAUUCUUGGGUCACGCAAUCCACAGCAGACAAAAAGUGAAAUGCAGCCUUGUUCAGACUGCUGAGGGAGACACGUCCUUCUGGCUGGUUCAGGAAAGGACAUGAGAAGCAAGCCUGCUCCUUGGGUUCAGUCCUGGGUCUUUGAUUCUUUCUCCAGGGUACAGAGAAGCAUGUCCCAGUUGUCAGGGCCCACAGCAAUCCUUGGCACAGAAAAUAUAUUCAGUGACAAUUUCUUAAAUAAUGACUAAAUAAACCAACAUAUAAAAUGUAGUCACUCAUUCUGGAUAGCAGAGAUUUGUUUGAACUUCAUAUAUUCCAAAAUCUAGUGGAACAAGGCUAUCAUAGAAGAGCUUUCCAUUAUAAGUAUCAUAGAAGCAAUUCCCUUUUUUCCUGAGCACUGGGCAUAGCACAUUAUAUGAUGCAUGGUCCCCAGUGGGAUUCCAGCACAUUUCUCAAACGAGCAAGCCACAUUUAAUAGCUGAUGUGGAUGUCAUGCUAUAGUUCCCUGAAAUGUUUUAGAAGACCCUGAACAGGUCACGUGAAGACCAGCUUAAAGAUCUGGGUUUGCGGGACUGGAAGAGGGAAGGCUGAGACCACAGCAGCUUUUUCAGUGCUGGUCUGUGACAGAAGAUGCAAGAUUCGCUGGGUUCAGUGCCAGCCAGCAGAACUCAGACCAAUGGCUGGGUGUUUAUAGGAGGGCAGUUUUAGCCAAAUAUAAGAAAGAACUCUAGCCCACUGGAGCUAUCCUAUAUUCAAACAGUCUUCCCUCUGUGGUCAUCUAAGUGGACUUAGGUAGGGGGAGUUGAGUUAAUCACAUUCCUUAGUUCCUAACUCAUUAUCACGAUCCAGCCAUACAAGACCCUUCUUUUAUUUCAUUUUUCUUUUAUUUUCAUUUUCCCCACUUCAAGAUCAUGAAAAAAAUUACCCUACAUUUCCUUCUACUGGCUUUAUAUGUCUACCCUCUAUAGUUAGGGUUUUAAUGACGGCAAGGACUUUUGUGUUUUUCACUGACAUACAUGCAAUGUCUAGAAAAGCCUUUCACACACUGUAGAUGCUCAAUAAAUAUUCAUUGAAUAAAUGAUGAAUCUGAGGUUAAUCUGGGACCCAUGGUGAGAGGUAAGAACCCAACUUUGUAUUUUUCCAUACACAUUGAAGUAGUUUUCCCAUUUCAACCUGUUUAAUAAUUCAUUUUUCCUCUUCUGAUUUAUGGUUUCUCCUUUACAUCACAACUGUUCUAACACUCUGGCUUUGUAAUGUAUUAUUGCCUGGUAGGAUAAGCGCUCUCUCUUUUUUAAAAAACCAAUUUAGCUAUUUGUAGACCUUGAUUCCUCCGUAUGCAUUUUAGAAUAAAUAAGUUUCUCAAAACAUCUUGCUGGAAUUUUGAGUAAACUUGCAAUGAAUUUGUAGAGUACUUAGGGGAGAAAUGACAUUCUUGUGAUGUUUUCACAUGCGUAAUCAUUCAUUAUUUAUUCAGGCCAUCUCUUUUGUUCGUUAAUGCAAUCAUAAAUUUUUACCAUGGAAGUCUUAUAUAUUCUGUUAGAUUAAUUCUUAUUUUUAGUUGCUAUAAACUUAUGUCAUAUGUUUUAUUACAUUUCUAGCAGACUACAGCAGUAGCAAACUAUGCUUUCAUUAGAUCUACUGGCUUACCUGUUGAUUCUACUGUAAAUUAAAUUGUAAAUUCUAUGUAAAUGAUUUUUCUCAGCUGUAAAUGAUAACAUUUUGCUUUCUUUCCUUUCACCACUUACGCAUCUUAUUUAUUUUCUAUGUUUACUUGAUUGGCUAGGACCUCCAGUAUACAUUCAACACUAGUCAUGAAAGUGUUGCUCCCAUUUUAUAUGAAAUGCUUAGAAGUUUUCUCCAUUUAAGCACAAUGUCUGUUAUAGCUUUAAGAAGGCUAUCUUAGUUUUUGCUAGAAAUGUUCUGAAAUGUAUUAAAUGAUUUGUUUCUGUAUCUACUGAGAUGGUCACAUUCCUUUAAUCUUCAUUCAUUAGAGGUAAAUUACAUUAAUGAAAUUGCUGAAUGAAUAAUGAAUUGUUACACCAUCCUUGCAUUGCUUAACUUAAUCAUAUUAUUUUAAAUGAACUGUUGGAUUCAGUAAGUUAAUAUUUCAAUUAAGAUUUUUGCAUUAAAACUCAUAAAUCAAACAGAACUAUAAUUUGCUGAAUCAUGGUUAUGUUAAUCAUAUAAAGUGAAUUAAGCAGUCUUUUUUCUUUUAGUUUUUCUUUCUUUUUUUUUCUUUGCAACAAAUUUGUAAGGUAAGGAUUAUCUGUUGCUGGAAAGUUCAUUAGUACUCUUAUGAAACUGAGUUUGAAGCUCUGGUCAAAAAUGGAGAGGGAGUCUUCUAUAACUACAUAAAUGUCUUUAAGGUUUAUUGGUUUAUUCAAUUAUUUUGCCAAAUUUGGCAGUCUUUGUUUUCCCAGGAAUCUAUCCAGUUUGUCUAAGUUUUUGAAAUUAUUGCUAUAUAGUUAAUAUUAUUUUAUUAUUUUUAAGUCUAUGUUGUGACAGUCAUCAUAUCUCUUCACUCUGUAUUUUAUUUGCAUCUUACUCUUUUUACUAAUCAAUUUUAUGCAUCUUUUAAAAAUUUGAUUUGUCUAGUUUUGCCACUUUAUUUUGAGGGGGGGAGGUAAUUAGGUUUAUUUAUUUUAUUUUAUUUUUUUAAUGGAGGUACUGGGGAUUGAACCCAGGACCUUGUGCAUGCUAAGCACACACUCUACCACAGAGCUACACCUCCUCCCAGAUUUUAUGUGUCUUAAUGGUCCUUUCAAAGCCAGCUUUUAGUUUCGUUAGUCAUUUUUUAAAAAUUGUUUUUAGACUGCUAUUCUCUAUUUCACUGAUUUUUUAAAUCAUUUUAGCUUAUUUGGCUUAUUUUCAAAAUGUAUUAUUUUCUAAUAAAUACAUUUAAAGCUAUGAAUUUAUUUCACAGUACUACUUUAGCUGUACCCCAUAAAUUUUAACAUUGUAUUUAUUGCAAAUUUAUUGUUCAGGUCAAAGUAUUUUUAAUCCCUGUAAAAACGUCCUCUUCAAUCCAAAGAGAAUUUAGUAGUUUGUAAUUGCUUUCAAAUAUGUACUUCAGUUUUUACUUUAGUAUAGAUUCCAAACUAUGUAGUAUUGAAGUUAGAUAACAUAGUUUGAUUUCAUUUCUGAGGUUUCUUUGAUGACCUGCUAUAUGUGGACAUUCUGAGGAUAUUUCAUUUGUUUGAAGGAACUUUUUUUUCUAUCCAUUUUAAAGCUCACUCUCUUCACCCUCUCCCCAAUGUAUUCAAGACUAUGGGUUAUAUAAAACAAAUAUUUUUAUAGAUUUCCUUUUUUUUCUUUAAUCUAUUUGACCUAUCAGAAUCAAAGAGAAAUGUCUCUCAUUUUAAUCCAGUAUAUAUGAGAGUUUAGUUUUUAAUUAUGGUAGUUGAUGUAUAGAUUUGUCUUCAUAGUUCUGUCAUUCUUGUUUUAACUAUUUUGAGGUUAUAUUUUUAGGUGUACAACUUCUUAUAAUUAUUUCAUCAUCUUAAUGUUUCCUCAGAAAUGAUUUCUCUUUGUCUCAUAAUUUUUUGACUUUAAUUAUAUUUUAAUAUCACAUUAAAAUGUUAGCCUUUCUUUUCAUCCAUACUUUUUGAUAUAUAAUUUUUCAUCACUUUGUUUUUUAAUUUUUUUAAGAUCUUUUGUGUUAACUCUGUCUUCUAUAGACAAAAUAUUGCUGGAUCUAAUUUUUUCCCAAUUUAAAAUUUUCUCCUUUUGUUUGGAUAGCUAAAUACACUUAUACUUGUUAUAAUUCGUUCAAUUUGAAUUUAUUUCUGCCAUUGUUAUAAGCUGAAUGUUUGUCCCUCCCAAAACCAUACGUGGAAGCUCUGAGCCCCCAGUGUGAUGAUAUUUGGAGGCAGGGCCUUUGGGAAGUAAUUAGGUUUAGAUAAGGUGUGCCCUCAUGGUAGGAUCAGGGCUCUUAUGAGAAGAGAAAGAGACACCACCUGCCAGCCCUGAGGAAAGGCCCCAUGAGGACACAGCAAGGAGUCAGGAAACAGUCCUCGCCAGACAUGGGACCUGCUGGCACUUGAUCGUGGACUCCCCGUCCCCUGGAACUGUAAGAAAUGUAGUCUAGUAAAAUGUCUGUUGUUUAACCCAUCCAAACCUAUGGUGUUUUGUUACGGGAGCCUGACUAAGAAAGAAAUCUUAUGCCAUUCUUUCCAUUUACUAUACAUUUUGUUUCCUUUUUUUUUCUCCUUUUCUGCUUUUCACUGAGUAGAUUUACCCCUGCUAAUUUGAAAGCUCUGUUUUUUAAAAAAAGCAAACGUUUUUGGUGGUUACCCAUAGCUUAUUAAGACUUGUAUUUUUGUUUUCCUCUACAAUAUUUAAAUAUGUUGUUAUAAUUAAGCACACUCUCAUUUCCUUUCUGUCACCAUCAUUAAUCCCGCCUUAUUUUCUGAUCUCUAACAUAUGAAUUAUUGUUACCUACUCCUUUUGGGUCCUUUACCAUUUAAGUUGCAGCAAGCUUUACCGAAUCACUCAUCCUCAUUUCCUAUAUAUUUCCAAACACACGGACUUCUGCGUUUUCUUCUUUUCUUACUAGACUAUUUCCUCCAAGAGUAUUUUCAAAGAUGGUCUUUGAGUAGUAAACCUUUUGCAGUCUUAUAUGCCCCAUAAUGUAUUUAUUUUACAUUCAUUUAAAUGACAGUUAAAAUGAAUGUAAAAUAUAGGUUUAACAUUCUUUUCUUUCAACAUCAAAUAUUAAGCCCUUAGUAUUUUGCAUCCAGGAUUCUUAUUGAAAUGUCUGAUGUUAAUGUGAUUCUCCUUCAUAGCUGAUCUUAUUUUUCUGGAAACUUUCAAGGUGGUCUGUCUUUAUGACCUUAAAUUUCACUGUAUGUCCAAGUAUGAAAUUUUCCUCCUCUUUCCUGUUUGAAAGUCUAUGUGCCACUUUAUUCUUAAGAUGUUAAUCUUCCUGUACUUUUGGAGAAUUCUCAUUUUUUCCAAAGAUUUCCUUCCUUUAUAUUUUCUCUCUCUUGCUGGAAUUACUGGGAAAGAAGUGUCAUCUGUUUUAUUUCUUACUCCACAUACUACUUGUUGAAUGAUCUUAGGAAAAUUACAAGCCUUUUCAAAAGGAGAUAGUACUUAUCUCAUAAAUAAAUGUUUCUUUCACCAUGAAAAGCUGCCUCUUGCAGACGUUAGUUGCCAGAAACUGCAAUGCCUAAAUCUAGCCACAAGAGGUCAGAUAACCACCGAGAAAACUGGUACUGAGCUGAGGGUUUUUUGUUUUGUUUUGUUUUUUCAGGACCAUGGUAGCUAUAAAAUCCAAAACAUUCCUCUCACUAAUACUCAUCUCUCAUUUGAAUGCUUAAUCUCCAGUGUCAAUAACCGGAUUAGUGUAUGAGCCCGCCUUCCCUGAGUUUGCAAUUUGAGAUGCAAUAGAAAUACUUCUGCCACUCCUGCUUGGGGCUGGAAUUCUUGCAAUCCAUAGAGCAGAUUCAUACCAAAACCUUUCAGAAUGGAUGUUUUCAAGAGGCACUAGAUUCAAUUCUGUCACUUACUGGUAGAGUGACUUUGGGCAAGUUGCUGAAGCCCCCUAAGCCUCUGGUCAGCUGCAUCUAGAAAGUGGUGUUAAUAACUCUUACUGCAUAGAGUUAUUGUGGAGAAUCAGAGACCACGCCAGCACAGGUUAACACUGAAAAACUACUCUUUGUUUUCUCUUCUGUAAAAUCAGGGGCUGGUGAAUGGGUCCUUAAAUUCCCAUCCUACAUGAAUAUUCAGGGUUUAAUGAAAUUGCACUCACCCCUGGAGAAGGUCCAACUCAGUAAGUUAUUUCAGGGCCAUGAACAUUUCCUGGAAAUUUUUAUCAGACUGGUGUGAUGGAAACAGAACCAUGUGGUGAUGGGAAAUCUCCUUAGGUCUAAAAACCUAGGCCUUCAGGUCUAGUUCUGCUCUUUAUUGGUUGUAAGACUCGGGGAAUCUGCUUAGUCAACUCAGUCUCAGUUUACCCAUCUAUAAAAUGGGGUUGAAAUAACUACCUCACCAGGCAUGAUGAUUAAUGAGAUUACAUGUGUGAAUUCUUUGAAUGCAGUAUUGUCUGAAUCUAAAAAAUGGACUUAAUAGGACUUUUCUUGCAGGGCUGUUGAGAAAAACAAACGAGAUAAUGAAUGUAAAUUGAUUAGCACAAUUUCUGGACUAUAUGAGAGCUUAGAAAUAUAAUUACAAAGAACCAAUUAAUAGCACUAAAGCCCAAAAGGGUAAAGUACAAAUAUUAAGGACUGGAACUCACAGCAGCUGAAGGAGCGGCAACCAGAGGUGAGUAGGUGCCUGGCAUUGGAGUGCGAUGCUUCUUACAUUAGGCUGCAUUCAAGUGCCUGCUUCGCUGGCUCCUUGGCAAGGUGCCACCUGUCCAGGGAGCAGAAUUAACGAAGGAUCUGGCUGGAGAGAAAUGAGCGACACACUGGCCUAUUAAUCAUUUUCCACUUUGAAAAUGGCCUCCCUCAAUCCUUCUCUGCAGUGGAUGGUCAGGUACAGAGACCGCCUGUGGGUGGAGACCUUGAGGAAGGAGGCUGAACGGGGUGGGGUUGGUCUACCCCAGACCUCAGUGAGAGCCCAGUCUAGUCUGUUCCACACCACUUAGCACUUGACUGUAUGUGUGUACAUACAUAUAAAACCUCCCAAAUUAAAUGAUACAUUCUCUGAGUUAAGUUCAGCUCAGAGUACAUCAUUAUCAAGCUCCUGUGAGGUGCCAGGAGCUGUACUGGGGACUGAGGAGUCAGAAAUGAUGAUGACAAGGCCCCUGCCCCAGGAGCUCAGGGACUUAGGGCCGAGACACCAGGAAGCAGCUACCUUCCAUGUCAUGUGGCAAGUGGGGCCACAGUGGAGGAAUGCACAGGAGAGCAGAGGAUGGGCUGGCGGUGGUGCCUGGGCAGGGAUCCCAGAGGAAGGGAUACCUACACUGAAAUCUGAAGGAUGAAUGAAGAUAGCCUGACAAAGUCAGAGGAAAGAGAAAGAAAGGCAGGGGCAGAAGGGCAGUCUUGAACAAAGGCAUGGAAGCACUGCUGAGCAGUUUGGGGCAGAGGGGUACCAGAGCAGCAAGGCAGUAGUGCCAGAUGAAGCUGGCAAGGUAGGCUGGGCUGGAUUAUGGACGGUCUAGAGCACAGAGAGCCUGGGUCACCCGUCUCCCAGGUGCUUCCCAGAAAAGUCCCCAGCCUGUAGCCAUGAUCAGUACCAUCUACAUAACUGCCGACUGAUGAAUGCAGGGGUGGGGGGAGCAGCAUGGGCGGGGCUGCUGACCGUGACCACAGCCUCAUCCCUCAGCUUUGUCGUACGUGGAAUCAUUUCCCAGGUGGCCUGUACAGCCUCUCCAGAAGAUCCAGCUCCUAGAAAUGUCACACCUUGGUCCGGCCUAAACGGAACCCACCAGUUCUGCUGCAAAGACUUUCUGACAGUCCCUAACACAGAGGACCCAUGAUUUAAAUUAAGCCAGGAAGGCAGACAAACAGAAUUUACCAGAUACCCAGAGACUGUGGGGAAGGUAAUAUAAGAUGGGCAGUGCAGAUGCGUUCCGUUUUCCUAUCCAGCAACUGGGUCCACCUGUCGUGGGCCCAGGAUGCAGAGGGAGUGCAUUCACUUGCUGGAGCGGCAAGCCCUUCCCAGGGCUGACGGAAUGUAUGUCCCUCCAUCUCAAAGGCCAGGCUUCCCUUUCACUGGCCUCAUAGUGGCCUGGACCAGCCAGAACCACUCCGCGGUAACCAGAUGAAGAUGUUGUAAGUUGCCAUGGACUAGCCUGUGAAGUAGGCUGAACAUUCGACUGUGCUGACGCACCAGACCAAACCAGCCGGCGUUACCAUUAAAUAACCAGGAGAACAGAGAGGAUGCGGUGACAAACAUGGAAGGUGCUCUAAGGAAGGAGGUGGCUAAGCAGGUGGCACUGGAAAACGCUGACUGGUUCAACAGUAAAACACGAAACAAAGUUGCAGUUUGUCGGGAGGUUGCUUUUUGCUUUGGGGGAUUUUUUUUCUUUUCUUUUCUUUUUUGGGUCUUUUCCAAGGGAGAAACACUGGCAGCAUUUCCUACUCUGUAACAGAUUCCUCAGGCACCUCCCAUGGGAAAGAAAGUAGCCUGAUGUGUCUGGGUAGGUUCUUAAAUAUUUCUCCAAGCGUGA